AUGGACCCUGUCAAGCGAUUCUUCUCCUCCCCGCGCUUUGCGGUGGCCGGGGCCAGCAACGAUGCGAACAAGUUUGGCUACAAGAUCCUCGCCUGGUACCACCAACACUCGCUGCCCGUUACUCCCCUCAAUCCUCGCGCACCACAGAUCGACCUCCCCUCCAAGUCCUACCCAACGGUCGCAUCGCCCAGAGCUUUACCUUCUCCCACUCAGACCUCGUUGUCGGUGGUGACUCCUCCCGCUGUGACUCUGCCUCUGCUCCAGGAGGCGCAUUCGGUGGGAAUCCCCGCAGUCUGGUUACAACCUGGAACCUUUGACGAUGCAGUGCUGGAGUAUGCGAAGAAACACUUUGAAGCUGCGAUUGCGGGGGAUGGAGGACAAGGCCAUGAAGGCUGGUGUGUGUUGGUGGAUGGAGAAGAAGGCCUGGAGGCAGCUGGAGUGCAGUGGGCCAGCCAGAAGCUUUAG